AUGGGUACCACAUGUAGCUCAUCGAAAACGACAGGCAAUGUUUCAUCAUCAAAUCUAUCUCAAAAACAACUUGAAAAAUUACAUGAAUUAACAAAUAUUCCUGAAGAUGAAAUAUUAAUGUAUUAUCGUCAAUUUAUAAUUGUUAGUCCAAAUGGACGAAUGACAUAUACACAAUUUGAAAAUCAACUUAAAACAAUCGGUAUAACAACAGAUAAUAGUAAAUCUAUAUUUAAAAUGAUUGAUAAAGAUAAUUCAAGUCAAAUAUCUUUUCAAGAAUAUCUUCUUUCAUUAGUUAUGUUUUCUAAUCAAUCUCAACCAGAACAACAAUUAGGUAUUGUUUUUGAUACAUAUCAAGCAUUAUCUCGACAAAGUUUAAAACAAAUAUCAAAUGAUGCACUUAUACAAGGUAUGACAAGAGAUGAUAUUGAACAUAUGCUUAAACGAAUACAUUCAAAUUUAUCAAAAGAAGAAAUUAAUAAAUUAUGUGAUCGAUUUAUGGAUAGUGAUCAAAAUAAAAAUGGUUUUAUUAGUAAACAAGAAUUUAUUUCAGCAUGUAUGAAAAAUUCGAAACUUAUGGAACAAUUAGGACAUAAAGAUGCUUUUGUAAAAGAUAAUAAAAAUGAAGGUUAA